GGCUGUGGUUUUCACCUGGGAGGAGUGGCAGCUACUGGACCGUGUUCAGAAGAACCUGUAUCAAGAUGUGAUGUUGGAAAAUUAUAUCAACUUGGUAUCAGUGGUUUACAGAGGGCUUGUAUUUGGGUCCAUGGGUCCUCUGUAAUUCCCCUUGAGUAGCAUAUCAAGUUACCAAAACAGAUGCAUUCUACCGGUUGGAACAAGAAACACCAUGGAUAAUAGAGGAAGAAAGCCAGAGUCAGAUUCACCCAGGUGAGUGAAAAAAUAGCCCUGUGGGAUAAAAGGAAGUUAAAAUCCUAGUUGGCCAGAAAGAGGGAGGUACCUCUGAAAUGUCUGGAGAAAUCUUGAAAUUUUUAAGGUUUCAAUGUGACUCAGAACAGCUGGUGUGAGCUCCCAUAUACAUUAAUAUUGACUCCACUUUUUUUUUUUUUUUUUUUGGCUGCACUGUGCAGCUUACGGGAUCUUAGUUCCCUGACCAGGGAUUGAACCCAGGCCCUCGGCAGUGAAAACGCCAUGACUCCACUUUCUAAUCUCUCCAUAUUAGGUCUCUUUUGCCUGGUUUUAAAAAGCACAUUUCCUUAUUUUAGAUAUUUUGAUCAGAUCCCUCUCUAGUCCAUCUUGGAACUUGCUCUCCUAAAUAAUCUUUCUUCUUGUUAUCCUCAGUUUACCUGCCUUCUCCUUGUCUCUACCUCCCUAAUCCAUGGUUAUAGCUCUCUUUUCUUAUAUACUCAAGCAUUCAUAAAUUCUCCCUUCUUCCCAUUCUGUGUAUCUCUCAUGCCUCUUGUAGUUUAUUCCUUCUUUUUUUCUUUUCUUUUUCAUUUUCUUUAUCUCCUUUCACUUAUAAAUGUCACAGACUUUAGGUAUAUACCCACAGUCUCCUUUCCUCUUGUCUCUUUGGCCUUUGCUGAGAUUCUACUCCUUCUAUUACAUGGUCAUUAUGGAUUCAUUGGUCUGUUUCUAGAAGACACAUGGCAAGUUGAUAAUCAUAGAGACUGGCACAAAGGAAACCAUGGCAACCUGGAAACUAUGGAGAGUUACCACAAAGAUAGUGCAUUUGGAAAUAUAUCUUCUCUGAGCUUAAACCUUGAUAUCUCCUUAGCACAAAGAUCUCAUACACUUGACAUACUUGGGAAGCAUCUGAAACCUAAUCUAGAGUGUAUUACUCAGAAUAAAAGCUAUGCAAGAAAGGAAGUUGAAUUUAUUCAAUAUGACAAAUUAUUUCUUUACACUAAGCAUGAGAAAAUUCAUACUGGACAAAAGUACAAUGAAUAUAAUCAACAUAUGAAAGUUUUCAGCCAUAAGUCACAGCUUAUUAAAUAUUGGAAAACUCAAACAGCAAAGAAACACUAUAACUGCAGUGACUGUGGGAAAGCCUUUUCUCUGAAGUCGGACCUCAUUAAGCAUCAAAGAACACAUACAGGAGAGAAAUCCUUUGGAUGCAGUAGAUGUCAGAAAGCCUUCAGGCGGAAGUCCCAUCUCAUUUUACACCAGAGAACCCAUACAGGAGAGAAACCCUAUGAGUGCAACAAAUGCGGGAAAGCCUUUACUGAUAAGUCAUGCCUUAAUAAACAUCAGAGAACUCACACAAGAGAGAAAUGGUUUGAGUGUCGUGUAUGUCAGAAAGGCUUCAGCGAUAAGUCACAACUCACUUUACAUCAAAGAACUCACACAGAAGAGAAACCCUACAGAUGUGAAGAAUGUCAGAAAAGUUUCAGUAAUAAGUCACAGCUCAUUAUUCAUCAGAGAUCUCACACAGGAGAGAAACCCUAUGGUUGCAGUGAGUGUGGGAAAACAUUUCCCCUUAAGUUUAGCCUCAUUUUACAUCAAAAAACACAUACAGGGGAAAAACCUUAUGGAUGCAGUGAAUGUGGGAAAGCCUUCAUCCAGAGAUCUGAGCUCAUUAGACAUCAGAGAACUCACACAGGAGAGAAACCAUAUAAUUGCAGUGACUGUGGAAAAGGCUUUAGUGUAAAGUCACUCCUCAAUAUUCACUUGAGAACUCACACAGGAGAGAAGCCCUACGGAUGCAGUGAAUGUGGAAAAACAUUCUCCAUCAAAUUUAGUCUCAUCCUACACCAAAGAACUCAUACAGGCGAGAAACCCUAUGAAUGCAGUCAGUGUCAGAAAGCUUUCACCCAAAAGUCACAUCUCACUAUUCAUCAGAGGUCUCACACCGGAGAGAAACCUUAUGAGUGCAGUGAAUGCCACAAAGCCUUCAGCCGGAAGUCAUAUCUCCUUAUUCAUCAGAGAAUUCACUCAGGAGAGAAACCUUAUGAAUGCCAUGAAUGUGGGAAAGCUUUCUGUCACAAGUUUAGCCUCAUAAUUCAUAAGAGAAUCCAUACAGGAGAGAAACCCUAUAGAUGCAGUGAAUGUGGGAAAACUUUCCCUAUCAAGUUUAGCCUCGUUUUACAUCAGAAAACACAUACAGGAGAAAAACCCCACGAAUGCAGCGAAUGUCAGAAAUCUUUUGCCCAGAGGUCACAUCUUAUUAUACAUCAAAGAACUCACACGGGUGAGAAACGUUAUGGAUGCAGUGAGUGUUGGAAAACUUUCUCCCACAAGUUCAGCCUCAUUUUACAUCAGAAAACUCAUAGAGAGAAAUUGUGAAGAAAUAUCCAAAUGAUAUCCAGAAGUUGUCAUUGAAAGGAAAUAGCUCCUUACACUCCAGAGUUUACAUAGGAGUGAAACCUUAAGACUGCAGCAGAUGUGGACCUGUUUUCUUUUCAGAAUCACAACUUAUUACUUAUCAGACAGCAGUACUGCAUAGAAUGCCAGACGGAGGAAAUACCUUACCCGAUGAAAGUCAAUUGAAUGUAGCCCAGAGAGAAUAAAUAGGAACUUCUGCAUAUGUUUUAAUCGUGGGGAUGUUGUUGGUAUGAAAUUCAGCUACAUUGGUAUCAGAGAAUUGACAUUCAGGGGAAAAGUCUAUACUUUAAAGAAUCUUGGAAUCAUGCUUUCAUGGGUAUCAUUUUAUGAGGGAAUUAAUUUUCUGUAACUGUGACAUAAUAAACAGCACUAUAGAAAGCAUUAAAUAUGUAAAUAAAUACAGUAGUCAGAAAACAAAGCAAAAGUUAUAUCAGAACCAUGUGAGAAUAUGUAAGUGUUUUGUACCUAUUUUUAUUAUAAAAUGAUUGUUUGUAUUUGGGAAUUGCGUGUGUUAGCGUAACAGUUGUGACUUCCUAGUCCAUGUGCUUAAAUGUCAUAAAACUUUACCAUAGAA